AUGCUCAAGUUUCUCAGCCCUCAAUCUAGAAUUGCUGCAAGAGUGGCCAAUGCCAGAUAUAUGGCUUCUGCAAGCCCAUCGACUGUUUCCAUUGACCUCCCAGCCUCUUCUUUCGAGACUUAUGAGUUAGAGCAAGGUCCAGAGCUUCAGUUUGAAACGGAGAAGGAGACUCUGCUGCAAAUGUAUAAGCAAAUGGUGAUUGUCAGACGUAUGGAAAUGGCUUCAGAUGCCCUCUACAAGGCUAAAAAGAUUAGAGGUUUCUGCCACUUGUCUGUAGGCCAAGAAGCCGUGGCUGUAGGAAUUGAGAGUGCUAUAACUAAGAAGGACACUGUUAUUACAUCCUAUAGAUGUCACGGUUUCACAUAUUUAAGAGGUGCCUCUGUCAAGGAAGUCCAGGGUGAAUUGAUGGGUAAGAGAUGUGGUGUGUCUUACGGUAAAGGUGGUUCGAUGCAUAUGUUCACUACUGGAUUCUACGGUGGAAACGGAAUUGUUGGUGCUCAAGUUCCAGUUGGUGCUGGUCUGGCCUUUGCACAUCAGUACAGGAAUGAGAAGAACUGUACAUUUGCCCUGUACGGGGAUGGUGCUUCUAACCAAGGUCAAGUAUUCGAGUCCUUUAAUAUGGCCAAGUUGUGGGAUUUGCCUGUGAUUUUUGCCUGUGAAAACAACAAGUAUGGUAUGGGAACUUCUGCUUCUAGAUCAUCUGCUAUGACUGAGUACUACAAGAGAGGGCAAUUUAUCCCCGGUUUGAAAGUGAAUGGUAUGGAUGUUCUUGCUUGUUACCAAGCUUCUAAGUUUGCCAAGGACUGGACUGUCUCGGGAAAUGGUCCUCUAGUAAUGGAGUACGAGACCUACAGGUAUGGUGGACACUCUAUGUCCGACCCAGGAACCACUUACAGAACACGUGAAGAAGUGCAGAACAUGAGAUCCAGAAAUGACCCAAUUGCAGGCUUGAAGAUGCACUUAAUUGAGCUUGGAAUAUCUACAGAGGAGGAACUCAAGGCCUAUGACAAGGAGGCUAGAAAGUAUGUUGACAAGCAAACCAAAGAAGCUGAACUCGCUCCUCCCCCUGAAGCCAAAAUGGAUAUUUUAUUUGAAGAUGUUUAUGUCAAGGGUUCCGAACCCCCCGUCCUGAGAGGAAGAAUAAAUGAGGAUUCUUGGUCCUUCGAGAAGAACGGCUUCGCUAAUCGUUAG